AUGCAAACUUUGGUUCAAACAAUUAGCAGAGCAAGACCAAAUUUCCUUCUGGAUUUUUCUACAUCAAUGGUGUUUUUUAUGAUGACCUUCGCCAAGAGGGAUCAAAAUUUUUACAGUGAAAGCAUUAUUAACUGGCAAAGAAGCACCCAGAAAUUGCACUUGUUCUUUCACAAAAAUAUUCUAGGUGAGAUGAGAGCAGAAAGCAUGAGUGAGACAACUUUCCUUGACUUGAAGGUGCGUCUAGGCUACCCAUAUGUCUUUCUUCAUCAAGGAAAUUGUGAACACAUUAUCAUCUUCACAGAUAUCAGAUUACACCACCAGAACGACGUUCCAGAUCCCCAACGUUUCCCUCUGUUACGUGGUCAAGCAUCAAAACUUUCAGUCAAGUGUGUCAUCUGUUCUUUAAACUUAGCUAACUGGAUUGUGUUGGAUGAACCCCGACUGCCCAUAGCAGUUGCCCAUGUGUGCCAUCGUUGCCUCAAGAUGUUCUGUUACAACCAUAAGGCAGAGAAUGCUGUUACAGGAGACAAGAAAUUAUUCCACAGUACUGAAUACAUUUUUGCUUCAUCCUACUCAGGCUAA